UGCUCUACACUAUGCCAUCCACAAUGAAGAUAAAUUAAUGGUGAAAGCACUGCUCUUAUACGGUGCUGAUAUUGAAUCAAAAAACAAGUGUGGCCUCACACCACUUUUGCUUGGCGUACAUGGGCAAAAACAGCAAGUGGUGAAAUUUUUAAUCAAGAAAAAAGCUAAUUUAAAUGCACGUGAUCGAUAUGGAAGAAAUGCUCUCAUACUUGCUGUACGUUGUGGAUCAGCAAGUAUAGUCAGCCUUCUACUUGAGCAAAAUAUUGACGUAUCUUCCAAAGAUCUAUCUGGACAGACGGCCAGAGAGUAUGCGGUUUCUAGUCAUCAUAAUGUAAUUUGCCAAUUACUUUCUGACUACAAGGAAAAACAGAUGCUAAAAAUCUCUUCUGAAAACAACAAUCCAGGUAAAGAAGCAGAAGAAUAAUGUUUGACAGAAGGAACAUGCAACAAGAUUGUGUGUUGUCCAGAAGGGACAUCUAAGGAGAUAUGCCUGUUUGGCAGGAAGAGCAGCAAGUGCAAAAGACAAGAUGCUUGAGUGAACUUUGGAGGGUUUCUGAGCAGUUCACUUUUGCUAGCACCAAAAGUGUGAGAUACCAGAGGUUGGGAAUGAGGUGAAUACUUAGCUAAGUGUGAAAGCCACCAUGAUUCUUUGUAAGCAAACAGGCCUGACUGAUAUCCUAUAAAACUUUAUUUACAAAGCCAUGAGGCAGAUUGGAUUUGGACUGUGGCCUAUAGUUUGCUGGGAUUGAUGGAAUGUAACCUUGUAAAGAAACCAGGAGACAAAGGACACUUUUGCAGUAGUCAGCUAUAGUUUGCUUGUCACACAUCCUUGGACUAGUAUCAAUGUAUUAUAAGGUUUUCACCCAUCCGUGGUGAAAUAAAGUUAGGAAUC